AUGCUGAUAUUGGUCAAAAGACUUAGUUCGCGACGACCCACACCUGUGUUGUCGCGUGGUGUUCCUGGUCUGAAAUCGAUCGGUUCAUUGGAUCCCCUUCUUGUGAAACGCAUCACAAUCCAACACAAUCAAUCGCCGUUGGUAGUUGAUGCUACUUUAAGCGAUAUUGCUAUAACUGGUCUUGGUAAUGCUCAAGUUCAAGAUACCCAAUUGGAUCUUGGAAAGUUAGUUUCAUCAGCCACAAUAUUUGUGCCAAAAUUCACCAUGAAUUCGGACUACAAUGCCAAGGGCCAAAUUCUGGGCCUGCCAUUGAAUUCCAAUGGAAAAUUGACAUUGAGUGCUGAGAAAUUUGCCGUCCACAUAACAAUGAAAUUGAAGCUGCGGGACGAAGGCGGCUUUACAUUCACCGACAUUGAAAAGUUGCAUUUGGAUAUUACGAGCAUUGGAGGAUUCACUGUUUACAUGGGUAAUCUGUUCAACGGUCAAAAGGAAUUAGAGGAUAGUGCAAAUGCCCUGUUCAAUGAAAAUUGGCGAGAAUUAUAUCAAAUUUUAAAUCCCGCAAUAAGACAAUCGGUGGAAACCGUAAUGCUGGACCGUAUUGGAAAAGUGUAUGCUUUUGUUCCGGCCAACUUUCUGGUUGCAGAUAUACCCUCAGCUGCAGCUUAUUAUGGAUAA